ACCGAGUUUCGACGAAAGCGUCGUCGUGCCUCUCAUCGCCCAAAAACCCGAAAGAACUCCCGUAAGCAAAAAAAAAAAAAAUAUAAACAACGGAAGGCACACUGCAGCCCGCGUGACACUGUAAACGCGGCAUGGUGGGAGCGAGGUUCUGUUAUAGUAGGCCACACAGUCUGUCGGCUGACUCUCACCUGCGAGAGCCCCGCUCGCUUCGGCAGUGUCGGUCUGGCAGGCGAACGCGCCGCUCUGCUGAAGUGCAUCCUCUUGGCAUCGAGAACGCGAACGCGAGAAAGUCGCGGAUAAUCCAUCCGGUUGAGUAAUGGCGAGCGACCAUGGCCAGUGCGAUGAGUGACUUCGACGACUGAGCAGGAGAGAUGAUCGGCAAACUGCUCAACAUUCCUGUUACACUGCUUCUUCUCCUUCAUUGCUCGGCUCUCAUCGUAAACAAUGCCGAGGCGACGACGGGCUCUCUCAGGCAAUUGGAGUCACUGGACGAGCGUAACGACGCAUUGAUAUUCCGCUCGGUAGUGCAGUCGAUGAGCGAAUGGGAAGAGAAGCGCGCAAGACACGGCCAUCGCGUUAAACGCGAAAUAUCGCGGGUUUGCUACGAAGAUGUCGGCUGUUUCGAGGACACGGGACCAUUCAGUUAUCUGGAGAUGUUGCCGUCGCCGCCCAAGGAGGUCGGCACAAGAUUUUUCGUCUACGGCAGCAGAAAAGCGCGCUCGAUUCCCAUGGAAGUGCCCGCCGACGAGAUCGGCAGCAUGGCGAGCAACGCGAUCGAUCCGGAAUUGCCGACCAAGAUUCUCGUGCACGGCUUCGGCUCGAGCUGCGAUCAAGUCUGGGUGUACGAGAUCCGCGCUGCCCUCAGGUCCGUCAUGGAGUGCAACAUAGUUUGCGUGGACUGGGGUCCAGGCUCGGCCGUGCCCAACUACGUGCGAGCUGCGGCGAACGCGCGGCUGGUCGGUCGUCAACUUGCCAAACUCGUGCGUAGCCUGGACGUGCCCGUCGACAAAAUUCAUCUCAUUGGAUUUAGCCUCGGCGCUCACGUGGCUGGCUUUGCCGGUGCGGAACUUGGCAAUGUGUCCAGGAUCACCGGUUUGGACCCAGCGGGUCCAUUAUUCGAAGCACAAGAUCCACGUGCGCGUCUCGACGAGACAGACGCGCAGUUCGUCGACGUCAUUCACAGCAAUGGCGAGCAACUAAUUCUCGGCGGACUUGGCUCUUGGCAACCAAUGGGCGACGUUGACUUUUAUCCGAACGGUGGUAGAAUGCAAACAGGUUGCUCCAACAUUUUCCUCGGUGCCGUCAGUGAUAUCAUUUGGUCCAAUCCAGUGGAAGGUCGUUCUCUGUGCAACCAUCGACGUGCGUACAAGUUGUUCACCGACUCGGUGAGUCCAAAGUGUCGAUUUCCCGCGUUCCCGUGCGAGAAAGGCUACGACGGACUGCUGAAAGGCGAUUGUUUCCCGUGCGGUACUCAUGCCGAUCAGCCUUGCGGUGAUAUGGGAUUCUACAGUGAUCAGUCGCAGGCGAGAGGCCAGUUGUAUCUGUUGACGAGGGACGAGGAACCGUUUUGUGCUCACCAGUAUCAGAUCAAGCUGUACAAUAGUAAGCACGAGAGGCCGGUGAAGAGUUACGGCAAGCUACAGGUGACUCUGCUAUCGGAUGGCUCGAUGAACGAGACCUUCACAAUGACAAAGAAAGACGACGAGGAGCUACUAGUCGGUAAAACUCUUCAGAAAAUUGUCGUGCCUCAUCCGGCUCUCUCGAAUCUAGAUGCCAUAGAGAUAAAGUACACUGCAUACAGCGGUUGGAUCUCAUCAGGUCUGGUAAGCUGGUCGGUCGACAAAGUCUCGAUAACGGACAGCUACGGAGCCAUACAAUCGGUGUGCCGCCGAGGUCUCGUGCUCGAGUCUGGUAAAGCAAAUUAUUUGCCUCUGUAUCGAGGUGACUGUAGCGUGCCACCCGAGCAGAAUGACAAGGACAAUGGUAAUAGUACUAGACAGGACGUACCUAUCAAAGAAGAGAAUAAGAAGGGUAUUGGGCCGUUUAUGAAAGAACACAAUUAUGAUAGGAAUGCAGGAAAAGACGGUUUCACAAAUGAAGUGCCACAAAAAGGUCUAGGACCAUUUACCAAGGAGCAGAGCAUUAAAAUAGCCGAUGAGCAAGCCAAAUUAGCAACUGCGAAGAAAGACUUCACCGACAAAUUCAUCAAAGUCCAUCCGAGCGCACCGAGUCCCUGGAGUCUCGCCGAGCUGAGCAACGACGGCAACUCGAACUCAGUGGAGAGCAACAACAUCGGUGAAUUCGCCGAGCGUGGCCGAGGUUUCUCGGGCGUUACUCUAGCUCGGCCCGUCACAAUCGACCACGCUCCAGCCGUCACCUCAUCGUCGUCGUCGUCGUCGUCGUCGUUGUUGACGUUGUCGUCGUCGACGUCGUCACCGUCGCUGUCAUCGUCGUCGUCGCUGUCGUCGUCGUCUGAUCAAUCGACGACGAAGGAAGAGAUCAUUCACUCGACGUCGAGUAAAAAGGAGAGCGCGCGUUCACUGAGGCUACCGGAGAUAACGGAACCGGUGUUGAGGCCGAGGAGCACCAGGAAUGACAAUGCCAAAAGCAUACCGAUGGAGGACAGGAAGCACGAGCUCAUGGAGGAGUCGCCAACGUCGAAUCGCGGAUUCACCGUGCAAUUCUUACCCGAGAGAUUGGCCGGAAUUUUGGCGCAGGCCGAGAGAUACGCCCGACAAACUUUGUUGCCGCUGAUCUCGCAGUACACGCCGAGUUUCAUGGGCGGCGGUAGGUCUGACAGACCAAAAUAUUUUCCGCCUCUAGGUAACUUCUUUGGAUUGAAAGAUGACAAUGAAACCGGCAAGAAACUUGGUGACAGCAACGACAGUCGGACCAAGUAUUACAUCGAAUUCGAAGAGCCAACUUUGACAACGACAACGACGACGACAAUGACAAUGACGACGACCACGACGACAACAACGACGACGGCGACGACGAUGCGUCCGGCGAGUGAAGCUCAGCGUGAUAGUUCAACCUCUACAUUGAGUAGCGUCGCCAAAGGUACAAUCAAAAGCGAUUGGGUACCACUUACCGUCAGAGCUUUGCCGAGCGAGCAGAGUAGAAAGGAUAAGUCUUUCGAUGUUGAUGUGCCCGGUGAAUGGUUGAACGAAGGCGGUAGCAGUUGGUCGCCAAAAGCCAACGACAGCGAGCCAGCGGUGACGGAGACCAAGAUAGACGACUGGGUGCCUCUGAUACCCGUUGAGUCCGCUGGCAACUCGUCGGAAAGCGAGCAAAAGAAAUUCAUACCCUUGGUGGACUUCGCGUCGAAGGAUGAUACUGCCACGAAAGAGCUAGACGAGGAAAACGUAGCUCAAGCAAGAUCGAUUGUCUUUCCUUACGUAUACGAAAGGAAGAACGAUCCAAGAACGAGGUAUAUUCCUUUAAUUCCAGAAGAGGAUCUUGGACUCCGAGCAGUGAACAAGGAGAGAAAGCGGUGAUGAAGUGCAUGAACGCAUAAAAAUUGUGCAAGAGUGUGCAAGUGGACCGAUAUAAUAUAACGUUGCUCUUCUUAUUUUUCAAGGGGACCACGAGUGUAUUUUUUACAUCAUUUAUUUAUAUGUUUCUAAAUUAUUUAUAAUCGUUACUCUUCCUCUCUCUCUUUCUCCUUUAUCGCGCGAAAUUGCAGUUUUCUUUUUCGAUCCGUCCGCAUUUGAAAAAGAGUUUAUUUUUUCAUUCUGUCGUUGUUUGAUAAAUUAAAGAAGCUCUUGCGUAACGGUCGUUAAGACAUGUAAAUAAUUUACGAGGAUUAUCGAGCUGAUAUUCCGCCAUGGCUUUAUAUACCACGGAUUUGCUUCAUCUAAGCGUACAUCGUAGUGUUUUAAAAAUUGCUUAUGUAUUUCAAAGUAUUUAUACAAUGAUAUGAUUCUGAGGGCAGAUCUAUUUGACAUUAUUGCGAUCUCUAUUGAAAUUUACGUGAAACAGCCUGUUAUGAUACGAUUAUUUCUGAUAUUUUUUUAAAUAAAA